AGCCACAGAACCUUGCCGAAGUUGAAACAUACAACCGUGAGGAAGGUAACCUGAUGCGAUUCUGGUACCCCAUCAGCUCUUUAGAGAGACCAACAUCAAACCUUAGUAGAUCAUCGUUUUUAGCCAUGCGUGCUGGAGACACGACGCUGACCGAGGCUCUGCAUGAAUUACUGACUUGUGAGAAAGAAAUCACACGUUUAUAUUGUCAGGCAGCUUUGAUUGAAGCUAUGGAAACAUCAGGAGUGUUGCAGUUUGAUAUACAUGAAGAGAGUUACAAUGACGUCAUCCUGCUGAAAUCACUUUCACAUCAUCAUCUUCUUGCGCCAUAUAUCGAUGGUACCUUAGCUGCGAGCUUAAACACAGUCUCAAGUCCUCGCUCCUGCCUGUCCUUAGAUCACGUGGUUCCCAGUGUCAUGUUUUAUACCGAUCCAAACCGUAUUAUCUCUAAAGUCAAUCAACUCCUUAAAGAUAAGGCUUCUGCUAGUGAGGAAGGGAUGAUGAGAUUAACCGAUUCAAUAUGCCACUGCUUACGUGACCCGUCCAAGUUGCUGUGGCAUCGUGAGUUUGUUGUCAGUCACGAGGUGCUGGAAGAAGAGAUUMAUUUUCCUGAUGCUGCCAUUACUGUACUGACAUGCCGUGCUAACCCUUUGAUUCACGCUGGGUGGAUGAGCGGCAAGAAGCCUUAUGUAACCGUACUCUGCUACUACGGGGGAGCAAAACUCAGCAAAACUGGAAAAAUAGCCAAAUAUAAGGCAGUACAGUACCCAACUAUAUCCACCAACAACACCUCAUCUGAUGAAAACACAAACUACUGGACCGAGAAAUACCCUACAAGGAUCCUGGCCACCAACCGUGUGGUGGUGCGUUAUGAAGACCAUGCCGUUGAGGGACCUAUAGUUGACCUCUAUGCCUUGUCACCUGAUCUUUUACUUGCUCUGGUUUUUAUUGAAACCUUUGUUCAAAAUUUAUCGAAUCAUCUGGACUGCCUAGACUUUACAAACCCGACCAAUGAAGUAACUGAGAAGACUGUGAUGUCGAAGGCCGUGAUCUUUAAUGCCAUUGAUUUGGUAUCUACAUUUAUUCUGAGGACAAAAUUGCCAAGUGUCAUCAAGGAAGUCGUAUUCCAUCUGCUUGCCCAGCUUCUUCGAAUCAGCCAUAAAGUUGAAUCACUAAUUUCCAGUUUUCCAUCGCAGGCUCAUACAUUUCAGCUGACACUGAUCCUAACUCGUCUCACGCCUUUGAAAACUGAGCUACAAAAACUACUUGACAAAGAGGUUUCAGCGACCAACGCUAUGGCUCUAGAGUUUAUCUUACGAGGUGAUUUUGAGAACAACAAGUUUUCUUCUUAUCUUCAGGCUUUGUUUGAGGUAGUGCUAGCAAUGGCGGAGGUGACACCAUUGACGAGAGAUCAAGGUGGUUAUCGACGCAGUAGACAAGGGUCUCUUACUGACGGUAUUUUACAGGCUGAUCCAGCCCAAAGCUCCCCGUCAUCCAUGGCGAACUCCUCAUUUGAAUUCAGACCCGACGACUCUGCAACCUCACCGUCUGUAUUCUCUCCUACCACCGUCAUCCCCCAGACACCCCCAUGGUCUUCCAGAUCUCGCAGGAAGGGAAGCUUACGAAGACGAAAACGAGCGCACGUACAAGAAGUGGUUUCCCCAACAGAAAACAUGCCGUGGUUUGAGAGUGUCCUUUCGUCGAUUCAUCUUCUACGGCAUCUGAUACAAGGCAGUGAGCCACGGAGUGCUCUCGCGCUGCACGACAGCUUGUCUUCUGUAGUCACCGUCAAAUCAAGCAUUAUGCAACGUUUGCUAGUCAUCACAAACAUCCCCAAGACUCUGAGCAAGGAAGAAGCUAUCGGAUCCAUCGAGAAGGCUUGUAGACCAUGCGGGGGUAUCUUCAAGGAGCGAACCUAUCUGCCUGAAAUUCAAAGCAAGGAUUCCAGCAGCGACGAUAAACAUAACAAUGGCGGUGAAGGCCUGAAUCAUAUUACCAAACUUCUUCCCAGUGCUCAAGCACACAAACCAGAAAAGAUCCUUGGAUACGCAGUGAUUGAAUUAAGAAACAGCAGCCAAACAGAUCUGGCAAGACAAGCAAUCAGCUCCAGCAAAUCCUUAAAAGAGUCAUCAUCAACAGGGCAGCAAGAGUCCAUCGGGGUAGCCAAGGUCAUCACAGACCUACUAAUGGAAGGCACCAACGAGUUGGAAGCCUUUGCAGUUUUUGAUGAAUUCCUUGAGAGAAACAUCUACGACGAUACGAAACAAUUAAAACCAGCUGCAUUAGAUGUACUGGGAGAGAUAUUCAAUAGCUGUGGUACUAGUGUUGUUCAUUCGGAACUAGACAGAGACACCCCUCCUGGCCCACUAUCGAGACGAGGUAGUGCCUUGUUUUCAAGGCUGCACUUGUCAGGAACGAGGUCUCCAGAUAUCUUAGAACGUGAUGAAAGAACCACAAGUCCAGUUUUACUCGAAAAGAAUGACGAUUUUUCCAAAGCACUUGUAACGACACCACUGGACAAUGCCAAACAAGACAAAAUGUCACUUCUACCGAGUAGUCCCAAAGGAGAUGGGGAGCCAAAUUUGGACGAUUCCGUGGAAUCAGAUCUUGCGCAGCAACUAGGGACGUCGUGUUUUGACCUAGGGGUUAUAGAAGGAGCAACAUCCCAUCAUGAUGGCAUUUGUGAUUCACCUAUCUCAAAACACUCCAGGCGAUUACUGGAAGAACAAGCCUAUACUCCUAUUCUGGAGUCUUCAUUUGCACACGGAAAACAUCAUAACUUACCUGAAGAUGACACCCCAUCUAGAACUCUUCAUCACGAACGCCUCUCAGAAGAAAAUAUCUGUAAUCCCUCUUCCAGUAAUCUUCUAGCAGUAUUUUUCCAAACAUUCUGUCACUGCAAACACAGCUUGCAGGAACAAGUCAGACAAGUAUUGCGUGACCAUGGCGUGACAGGGGAAGAGAUUAGUGAUAGCUAUCUGACAUUGGGUGGAUUGAUAGAUUGGGUGAGGUCUAAAUGUGUGGAUAGUGUUCGAGGGAUAUGGAAGGCCAUCCUGACAUGCGGAUAUGAUCUUGACUUUAAGAGAACUACAUACAUAUUCCCCUAUGAAGUUCUUGAAGACCACAAGAACUGGUCUGUGGCCAAGGACAAGUUGUUGGUCAGUUUCGUCAAUGAGCAAUGUCGUGCUGUAUCAACUUCUCCUUCACGAUUGAUGCCUGAUGAGAUAAACUUGGUGGAGACUGACCUUAUUAGCGAACAGUACAACGAACUACAAGGUAUCCCAUUGCUAGGUGUCAGAUCACGGUUUGCUUUCCUCAAGUCCCUCAAUCAAACCAUUGAGAAGCUUCUCCUCUCCACGACAGAUCUACGUGCUGCAGAUACCCACCCCUUGAGUACAGCUGCUUUACUGAAGCAGGCCAGUGGAUUCAUGUUCUAUGACAUCAAAAUGGCUUUCUUGAAAAGAAUGUUGGAUCACUCAGAUCAUCGGGGUUCGUCACCCAUGUCCCCUGAGAUCUCGCUGGAUCCACUUGAGACCCUUGAAGCUGAUAAAGUAUCAUCAUCAGGACCGCAGUUCUUCCAAGCCGCACGUUAUCUAUCCACCGUUACAUCAGCUGGUCUGCGCGUAAAGGUGGCUACGGGUGGUGACCCAACUUUCCCGCUCAGGGUUCAGCUUCGGGGUGAACAAGUUCUGGGUUCUGGUGGUUCGUUUCGUCAUUUUAUGUGGCUCAUGGCUCGUGAGCUGCAGGGACAACAUGUCAAUCUCCUCAUUCCUUGUCCAAGUACAGCAGCCAAUAGAAACAAGGGAAUGUUGAUAUUAAAACCAGGCAAGAUGACUUAUUCAGAGGAGAGGUCUUUAGUCUUCUUUGGCCAGCUGCUUGGCAUUGCACUACGAUCAGAUAUCCCGUUUGCUGUAGACCUGAUGCCAGUGUUUUGGAAGAGUCUUCUGGACCUGCCGAUAGACCCGAAGAACGACCUCCAUGACACAGAUAUACUCACCUAUAACUACAUCAGAACAUUCUCCGAGGUACAAAGCAAGGAGGAGUUUACGACAUUGUGUUAUGAAGCUGAUCUGUGCCCAUAUCGUUUCGUCUACACAUCGCUGAAUGGAGAGGAGGUCGAGCUGUGUCCUGACGGCGCCAAUAAACCCGUAACGUGGGAGAAUCAUCGUCAGUACGUUGAUGCUAUCCGAGAUCUUCGACUCAAGGAGCUUCGCUGCACAUCUCGCAUGGCAGCGAUUCGCUGUGGCCUCUACUCAGUAGUACCCCUACACGCUCUCUCUGUCAUGCUGCCAUCAGACUUACAAAUAAAGACAUGUGGACUCCCUACAGUUGACCUGGACUUUCUUAAGGCACAUACUACGUAUGUAGCAGGAAUAAAAGAGACCGAUGCUCACAUCGAGUACUUCUGGAACGCGUUGGAAAGCUUUUCUCAGGACCAACUGCGCAAGUUUGUCAAGUUCGCCUGUAACCAAGAACGAUUACCAAGUACUUGUACGUGUCAGAAAGGACAUCCAAGUGAAGCUGAUCUCCAUGUUCCUCCUUAUCCUAUGAAAAUUGGUCCCCCGGAUGGGACAGGUCGUUCAGAUGUCAGAUACAUAAGAGUAGAGACUUGUAUGUUCAUGGUUAAACUUCCUCGAUAUUCAACACAAGAGAUAACCACCCAAAAGUUACUGUACGCUAUCAACUGCAGGGAAGACCCCUUGACUGAUCUGUAACCAAUCACAAGCUACUGUAUGUCAUCAACUGCAGGCCAGGCAAGACCCCUGAUUGACAGAUCUAUAACCAAUCACAAGCUACUCUAUGGUAUCAUAGUUAGUAGAGGGGGACUAAAUAUGCCAUCAACGAGCAGCAGAGAUGCAAGAGACCUUGACUGUUCUGUUACCAAUUACGAGCUACCGCAGAUAGGACCCCCAGACUUGUCUACAACCAAUGAGGGCCACUGAUCUUUAAUCUAUUACAAACAUUCGACCGCAGAGGGGAUUGGAUGGUGUGCUUUGAAGAGCAGUCAUGAAGGACCAAUAAAGACCCUUCAACUAAUAGAAGGUGAAUACCAGUCAAGUUUAUGAAAUCUAAAAAGGAUAUUCCAGAUAAAAUCACAAUGAAAAUUUGCAAAAAUGAAAAAAAGUCUGAAAACAAAGCAAAGAAAGGACACCACAGCCUGUUGUCCUAAAGUUUAUUCAAUAGUGUACAAAAAAACACUAGACAAGAGGUGUCCUGGACGAUUUUGCACGAUUCAGUAGACAAUAUCAAUUAUAAAAAGAAAAAAAAACCUGACAAUAAUGGGAAAUUUUUUUGAAAAACACUAAAAAUACUACGCGCAAAUCUUUACGGAUAUAUGAUAUUUUUAUUCAGAGUUUUAUUUAAAGGAAAAAACGAGCAGCAUGUCAUUGUGCCUGUUCUGAAGGUGUGAAUAUUUUAUAAAUUAAAUAAACCAAAGUUUUUCUUUAUAG